ACAUGUUGAAUGUAAAAUUCUGAGAACUAUUUUAUAUUCUGUUACCGAGAAAGGUGCCUUGAAAAUAAAGUGAUCCAUAAAGGAUAUUUUAUGUAGUAGGUAAAAAGCCAGAUUAUGCUGUGUAUGCGCCGUAACAUGGACUAACACAUGACCUGGUUGACCUUAUGCAGUUUUGUUAGCCUAAAUUUCUGUUAUGCAUGACAAACCUGCUACAAAUGCCUCAUAUCCUAUUGGAACCCAUUUUUAUGGAGAAUGAACAGUCAAAAGUAGGGUGUUAAUAAAAUAACAGGGAAGGUCAUUGGGCACACAUGACAUUUAAGAUGAAUAAAAUGCUCUGUGAGUGAAAUCAAUAUGACCUCCAAUAAAAGAUCAGUCUCUCAGGACCUACCCCUCAGCGCUGACCUACCUGUGAUGACAUCACCAGCCCCCCGGGGGGGCACCGUCAUGGCCGCCUUACUCCUCCCUGUAUGCCGCUCUUGACAGCAGCUGCUCUGCUAGACUAGCCCUUUGCGCCCCCCCCACCCCCCCCCCACCCUGCCCCCCCGGUACACCGAUAGGGGUUUGACAGUGGGUACGGCUGGCACUCUGGGGGCACAGCGCCAUAUUUGAACUUGGAUGCCACCAGAGGCCCCAGAACGAGACACCUCGCCAAACCCCGAAACAGGCCGCCAUCGCUUCCAGAACGCCUCGCUAGCCAGUUGGCGGACGGGAUUUCAAACACACUGAGGCAUCUCUCAUUAGCUCUUGGCGCGGAAUCGCCAAAACAAGCAGACUCUUUCCUGGGGCGGGCGGGGGGGCGCGUCUGUCCUGGGAACUUCCCCAGCCGCCUCUCUGUGGAAACGCGUGUGGCGGACUCUCCCUCAGGCUCACAGGGACCGCUGGGCCUAUAACCGCCACCCCGCCAAACCGCCAACCCGCCACCGUGGCCCUGGAAACCAUGGAGGGGCUGGAGGUGGAGGACGUGAGCCCCGCCCUGGAGGUGACGGAGGACUUCCUGCACUGCCUGGAGGGCGGGGCGUCGGAGAAGCUGCAGGACGCGACGGCGGUGGGCCGGCUGAGCUCCAGCGGGGUGUGGGGGCUCCUGGCCGCCGAGCAGCUGGAGGUGUCCCCCCGAAACCUGGCCUGGGCCGACCAGCCCCCCUCCUUCGGCCUGUUCGGCGGCCGGCAGGGCAAGCGCAGCCGCGCGCGCUCCACCAACGACCUGGCGGCCCACGCCAAGGACGCCGCCGCCGUCGCCGCCGCCGCCUCGUCCUCCUCCAACGCCGCCUUCAAGCGCGGGCACAACCGCUCGCGCUCCGACGCCAACUACCGGUCCUGCACCGACAACGGCGUGCCGACCGUGGACAAGAACGCGCUGAAGAACAUGAUCCUCAACGGCAAAGGAGACGGGGAUAAGGUGAGCAGCCCCAGCCUGGUGAAGCAGGGGGAGCUGGAGCAGAGGGAGGGGACGUCGGGUCGCUGGACGUCCUGCCACGUGGAGCUGACUCCCUGCGAGCUGCGCCUCUACAGCCUGGACAGCAGCGGGAACCGCCACCUGUGCACGGCCUACUCGCUGUCCCACUGCCAGGGCGUGGCCGCGCCCCUGCCCCAGGACGCCCGCGUGCUGCAGGCGCUCUUCUUCAACAGCACCCGCCUGCAGCUGCGCGCCUCCUGCCAGUGGGAGGCGCUGGACUGGCGCCGCACCCUGUGGGAGCGCGUGCUCGCCGCCCGCCCCGCCCGCCAGAGGGGCGAGGAGCCGUCCCAGCAGCCCCAGGCCGCCGACCCCGCCCCCUGCCCCGCCCCCCGCCCCGCGCCGCCGCCCCUGACCCGGCCCACCGCCCUGCCCCUGUUCACCCAGCGGUGCCGCGAGGUGCUGAAGGCGGGGCUCCUGCACCAGCUGACCGACCUCAACAACUGGCGGGCGUUCACCUUCGUGCUGACCGCCACGCGGCUCCAGGCCUUCGCCACGGAGGGGCGGGGCCCCGUGACGGAGCCCGUGCUGCGCUACGCGCUGGCGUCCUGCCUGGCGGUGCAGCGGGACGGGGAGGGGGCGGAGGAGGGGGGCGGGGGCGGGGGCGGGGCCCAGUGCCGGCUGCAGGUGGUGUUCCCCAGCGAGGUGCUCCGCCUGCGGGCCGAGAGCGAGCGGGAGGCGCGGGAUUGGGCGGAGGCCCUGCAGGCGGCCGCGGCGGCCCAGCGGGCCCGGGACGGCGACGGCGGCGGCGGCCCCGUCGCCGUGGUGAUGCGGAGCAGGCCCGCCCGCGAGCGCCGCCAGCGAGACGCCCAGCGCGCCAAGCGCCAGUCCGUCACCACCAGCUUCCUGGGCAUCCUCACCCACCUGGCCGUGGAGAAGGGCCUGACCACUCAGAGCUUCCGGUGUGCAGGUGAGAGCUCCGCCCCCUACACCUCGAAAGGGGCGGUGAUCGAAGGGAAGCUGGCCCCCUUCCUCUCCAAGGUGAUUAAAUUUGCCAGCUCGCACGUGUACAGCUGCAGCCUGUGCAGCGAGAAGGGCUUCAUCUGCGAGCUCUGCCACAACGGCCAGGUCAUCUACCCCUUCCAGGAGAGCGCCACCAAGAGGUGCGAGGGCUGCGGGGCGGUGUUCCAUGCGGAGUGCCGGAUGCGGGCGCAGCCCUGUCCCCGCUGCGUGCGCCGGGAGCUGCACCAGAAGCCCGCCUCCUUCUGGAGGAGCCUGGAGCAGGGAGACAGCCCGGCCGACGACUCCUUCUGCUCCUUCCAGCUCCCCUACCAGGACACCUGAGGGCCGGGCGGGACGUCCCCACAAGCAGGGCGUCCCCACAAGCAGGGUCCCCACGAGCAGGGUCCCCACUCUGGCGCCCGGACAUUAAGAUAAAAUAGCCUUGAUCAAUGAGAGAAAGAGAGAGAAAGAGUGUGUGUGUGUGUGUGU